GUCAACGCAAACAAAAACUAUGUCAAAAUUAAUUCUAAAUUUUGUGUAAAAACAAUAACAAUUCAUACAACUAUUUGUAAAUAGAUGUCCAUGUGCUCCUUUUAUUUCGUCGUUCAGUGAAAAAUAUCCACGAUGGCUGAAAAGUCAAGUGAAGCAAGCCCUAGUGAGGCCAGCACUCCGCAGAGUGACGAGAGAGAGUCCGGCAACUGGUGGGACAGCUGGCUGUCAUCCGCCAAGACCAAGUCGGCAGAAGUGUACUCAAUGGUGAGAAAGGACCUGGACGAAAUAGGGAGCGCCGUGAAGAGCGAGGCCACCCACGUGUUCAGCACAACCUCGAACGUCAUCGGGAAGACCCUGAAGUUGGACGAGCCGGAAUCUCCAGCAAACGUAAUGAAAAAAAGUCUUAGCACAUUCAUUGGGCAAGUGAGCACAGUAUUGAAUCCUGAGCCGGAUGAUGACGACGACACGGAGGUGAUCCUGUCUUCGGGCGACACAACCAUGCUCACCACAUACAAGAAAGAGCUAGAAGCGCUCCAACGCCUCGACGCCACAUUCAUAGUGCCGACGACCAGCCCGGAGUUCAGCGCGUGGCUGGCGACCUUCGAGAGCGUGUACAGCGCUAUAAUGUCCCACAGGGCUACAGUGCGGCGGCUGGGCGCCAGCCCCUUGCUGCGGGCGCAGUAUGACAAGCUGGUGCCCGAUGCUGUGUCGCAUGCUGACUUCUGGGAACGAUACCUGUUCCGCGUGGCGCUGCUGCAGGACCGACUGGCGGCCGCGUCCCGGAAGCCCCCCACGGAGCCCCCCACUGACGAUCCUGUUCUCAAGCAUUUACCGCUACAGACCCCUAUACAACAGAGCCCCAAAAAAGUCCUUUCAGGAAUAGAGAGUGAGACACAAUCCCCGUACGAGAGUCCCGAAGCAGAUGACGUGGUCACUUGGGAUAAUGAAGAGUUCGCAAACGACGUAGAACUAACAGAAGAACAACAGACCUUAUUGCUUGAGGAAUAUGAAAGAGAAAUAACAUCAAAGAAACAGAAACAGCGUACCACAGACAACGCACAAACCAGAGACAAACUCAACAACAAAAUCAUAGACAAGAAAACCAAAUCGCCUAAGAAGGCCGACGAUUGCGGUAAUAACAUUGUAGAAGAUUAUUUCGGCGAGAAAGAAGUAAAAGAUGACGCUAGUGCGAAUUCUGAUGAAAGUUGGGAGAAAGAAUUUGAAAUCGAUGACGUAGACGCGAAAGCUUGAAUUUCUCCGGCCAUAGACAAUUUUCGAACGUGAGUGACGUCUUUUUGAUUUUUCGUUCAAAUUCUAUUUUUUUUUUUUUACUUGGAUGUAAUAUAUACAUAUUUUUUAAGUAUAUAUACAUUUUAAUGUAUACGUUGAGAAAAAUAGUUAUCGUGAAAUUAUGACUCAAAAGAUUUUCUGUUGUUAAAAGUCAAAUUAUUUAUAAAAAAGUACUCAACAGUAUCAAAAAAUCAUUUCGUUAAAUUUUAUUCUAUUUAUUAAAAAAAUGAAAAUUAUACUUUUAAUUGCCAAAAAGAAAUCCUGGUGGAUGAGAAAAAAGUUAAUAGUAAAUUAUUGCACCAAAUAAAAUCUUCGAGACGUUGCGUCGUUUAAAAAUUGAAUAUUUAAAAAAUUAACGAAUAGUAAGGGAAAUUAAAUUAUCCGGCUCAAUACUGCCUUAUACAGUAACGGCUAGCCAAUUCAUAGCAUGUAUUUGAUGCAAGCUUUAUACUGCGGAAUCAACAUCACAGUGUUACACUUUCAAUCUAGCCUUAGCACGUUGCCAUAAAGUCCACAAAAACUAUUCAUGUAAUCGUAUUUCAUUUAAUGAAAAAUCUGCAUUCACUUUUUUUUUAUUUGCAACAUUAUAGAAGUUCAGAUUAAAGUUUCCAGAAGCAAGUUUUUUUAUAACAUUACAUUAAUAUGGCUAUAAUGUUAAAGCAACUAUAAGCAAAAGUAUAUUUUGUCACUGUCGCACUUUAUAUUAUUAGACAUUGACAGAAUGAGGUAUAUUAUAUAAAAAGUCAAUGCAUUGAAAAACUUUGAUAGGUACUCUUUAUUAACUUACAACAUAUUAUUUUUAAUUCACAACUCUUUGUUUCUGAAAUAUAUUAAUUUUAAUUUUUGUGUCAAUAUUGAUGAAUAUACAAACAAAAGUGGCAAAGAUUGAACGUGUAACUGUCAUACAAAAUAUUGUUGGCUGAUAAAUAUACUAAUCGACAUAAGUUGUAUGUAUCACUAGGAUAAGCGCAUAUUCUAUUUUUACUCCAUAAAUUAUCCUUAGCGGCCACUGUGGGACGAGUGUCUAUGCCUCUCAUUCGACAUACACAUUGUGUGCGAUGAAAAUAAAGCUAUUUCAUCACAAAAGUAGGUAGCCGGUAGGCCAGUCACAGUUUUAAGGGAUAUGUGGCUAAAAAGCUCGCAUGUUUUGUGAAUGAGCCGGUUUAAGAUUGGGCUGACCCAAGUUGAAUACCGUAGUAUGACACACGCGUGUAUUGGUCAUUACAUACUCUGCUUUAUUAUCGCGCUCCACUUCAAGUCACGCAUAAAUUCACCUUGGUAUGUAAUCACCAUUGACACGCUUGUCUAAGUGUAAUUUUUUGAAACGUCCAUAGUGCAACUAAGCUUUUGUACUAAUUUCUAACCAGCAUUUAUUUUUCACAUUGUUUGAAUGCUGUGUUGAUUUUAAAUUAAUCUCUAUCUAUUCUCUUCUCCCUCAUUUGAGCCAUAGAGCAUUCAGCGUCCAGGGUUCACUCAAAGAUUUUAGUUUAAUCAUUCCAACAUUGUGUUUACUUUCUCUUAUGAAUUUAUUUCGUGUCCCUUAUGUAUCUGUCCAAUUUUUAUGUAUUUUUGCACAGACUGAAUCGAAUUUGUAUUAUGUAAUUCAUUACUGCAUUUUUGCAGUCGAAUAAACGUUUCGAAGUCUAUGCAAAAUUACAACGAAAGCUUUAUUCUUUUAACUGUACGUCUAGCAUAUGACUUAACAUACGAUGGGGUACAAUAACGUGUCAAGUGUGAUAUCCAUAAGAUAGGAUUAUUUUUCGAAAUAGUAUAAGUAGUGACUAGUUAAAUUUGUAAGCUUUUUUCAAUGGGCGUGAGCCGUCACAAUGGUGUGAUUUUUUUUUUUGUGUUUUCAACAUGUUUCGUGCAAUAGUUUGAUUCGUUCUGUAAUCCAAACGCGAAGAAUUUUUAGCUUGUGGCUUUUUUAAUAUACCUUUUGACUGCAAAAUUUUCUAAGUUUAAAAAAUACGUACAGAAAAUAUAGAUAUUUUUAGAAAUUACAAAACCGUGACGUCAUCGAUCAAGCAUAUAAUAGCCAUUUAAUAUGUUGUCUCGAUUUAAACAAUAAGCAUAAAUAGCUCCUAUGAUCAACCCGAAUUUUGUAAUAGCAUGUUAUUUUACCCGCUUGCGUGGUCUGUGCUCUUCUAAAUCUAUGAUUUAUUUUAAGAUAUUUUUAUAGGCCUUUUCGCGCAUCUAUUACAGAACUGUAUUUUUAGGCGGUUUAAUUAUAUUUCGAUUAUUUUUAUUUUAAAUUUAUAUUAUAUUAAAUAGGUUUAAAAUGGAUUGUCACCGUGUAUCGAGUUGGCAUUAGGAUUCGUUAUGUUUGUGUAAAUUAUGAUUAUAAUGAAUAUGAAUAAAAGUUAUUAAAAAUCGUA